AGGGCGCCGGGAGCGGAGGGCGGCGCGGCUGAUCGCGGCGCGUGCGAGUUGUCUGCGACAGCGUCCGCGUGGCGCGCGGUUCAGCAUGGGCCUCCUGAGCGGGGCUGCUCGCAUCGUGGUGCGGGGCGCCGACCGCAUGAGCAGGUGGACCAGCAAGCGGGGCCCGCGCACCUUCUACAAGGGCCGCGGCGCCAAGGGGACCGGCGUCCACGGCCGCGACGGGAAGUUUGUGCAGAUCAGGGAGAUGGUCCCGGAGCUGGUGGUGCCCGAGCUGGCCGGCUUCAGGCUCAAGCCCUACGUGAACUACCGCGCGCAGGCGGGCGCGGACGCGCCCCUGACGGCCGAACAGCUGUUCCGGGAGGCAGUAGCGCCUGCCGUCGAGAAGGACUUCCGGGACGGCACUUUGGACCCGGAGCGGCUGGGGAAGUACGGCUUCGAGCCCACCCAGGAAGGCAAGCUCUUCCAGCUGUACCCCAAGAACUUCCCGCGCUAGGGGCGGCGGAGCGCCGGCCGCCGGCGUGCCUGCCAGCCUGCCGACUGCGCCCGUCCCUCCUCCCCGGCCGCCGGACGGGCCGGCUUUGGCGCGCGGUCCUCGUGAGAUGGAAGGACCGAGCAGAACCCUGGAGACCCCACUCCGGGAAACCGGCAGCCGUCGUCUCCCGACCGCCCGCCGUUGGGGCAAGAGCACACGGCUCGGCUUGCAAAGGCGGAGAAUGCGCGGGGCACGUCGUGCCACGUGACCGCGCUGGUUAACUUACCGCGCAGACUCUUCACCCCGCGAAGCCAGCGAGCAUCUGCUUUACGGGUUCAAAAGCGGCUGCUUUGGGGCAGACCUCCAGUAACCUAGUCUCUUUCUCCUUUGGGUUCGCCUGUUUCUGCGCACAGUCCCUCUGGUCUUCUGUGUUCUGCCUAAUAUUUAAUUGAUUUUUAUGUUAAAUACCGUUGAACUCUAAAGGAGGGUUCAAAUUCUAUUGAAAUAAAUGCGCCAUUAGCUGGGAAUCGA